AUGAUGAAGUGGUUCCCUGUUCUUGUCACGGGCGUGACUCUGGCGAACGCCAGCCCCCUCGCUGCCUUGAUCGAGCGUGACACCGGUUGCAAUGCCAACAACUGCCUGCGCGCUGUCCGCGGAGCCCCUGCCGAUUAUGCCAACAUGUUCUGCACGGCCGCCCUCGGCAAGAGCCCUGCCACGAGUGAUAUCACCGUGACGGCGACGUCCACGGUCACCGCUUUGGAGACUGCGACCUCCGUCUCGACCGAGCACAUCACUACCACGACAACAGCGACUAUCACUGGAGCCCCGAAUGCCGGCAACGUCCAGAAGCGCAAGACCAGCGCAUACUCGGACUACACCAGCCACUUCAGCUCGCAGUGCUCUUACUCGACUGCUAAGCUCUCCAGCGCCUGCAGCUGCUACCUGGCCAACGGCACGACUUCGACCCUGACGGUCUACACCACCGUCUCGGCCACUUUCACGGAGGCGACAAUCACGACCACGACCGCCACGACCACCACCGUCCAGGAGACCGCGAGCGCCACCACCAGCAUCUGCAUCCCGGCCCAGACCAACGCGCUGCGCAACGGCGACUUCGAGCAGGACACCGCCACCGGCGCCCCCUGGCAGGUCGUCGGCGCCUCCGACGGCGCCUCGCACGAGGUCAUCACCGACGCGGCUGGCGGCGACGCGACGCACGUCUUCCACUCUGUCCUGCGGCACCCCGCCAACGCCGGCCCGUACACGGGCCAGGUCUUCCAGCAGGCCGUCGGCACCUGUGUAGGAACAAAGUACCGCGUGCAGUACAGCGCUCGCAACGUGGGCGACUCCUCGGACGGGUACUCGUACAUCUAUAUCAACGGCAAUGUCAUCUCCACCGUCCGCGGCCCCCUUUCGGCGUACACCACGUAUUAUGCCGACUUCACGGCCACGACGGAGACGACCACGGUCGGCAUCGGCUCGCUCCAGGUCUUUUAUACGUCGGGCGAGUACUUCUUUGACAACGUCUCUUUGAUGCCAGCUCCUGUUGUGAACUGA